CUACCGUAAUGCAUACCAGUACUUCAGGUCGACUCUACCAGCUCCCUCUCUCUCCCAGAGACACCGGUAGAUGAGAUCUGAUGAAUACCAUACCGAGAGAGUUUAUCGCAGGAGACAGGGCCCCACCGCCUUGGGUCCACCGUCACUGCGACCAGCUGCUUAAAGUCACGAUGGCCAACCUACGGAGCUUGGCUAGUAGUCUGGCUUGGCCGGGACGAGUUUGUUGCGUCCCAGGUGCAGGCGCCCUGUUGAUACAGGUUGCGCCCAAAGCUGUGCCCAACGCCCGCACCCCUUCUUCGUAGGUGGAUGUUCUCCCUCCCAGCAGCCCGAGCCAUUAUUUUCCCAUACAAUACCCAAUACCGAAUACCUUCGACCACUCAGUGACGAAGCCACAUCUUUGGAAAAACAAGGAAAGAGGAAGCAGACAAAUAAUUUGCUUUCUUCACGGGGCUGGGUUUUUGAAAUCUCAUGUGCGUAGCUGAGUUGGUAGCAAACAAAGUUGCCAACCUUGUUGUCCCGCACUGACGUCGUCUCUAGUAAUCUUAUUCAUUUCUGGACCAUUGAUCUCGUUCAUCCCAACUGGAUGGCUUCUCUUCAGUUCGCGGCUCUGCAUGCAACCUUUCUAAUCAUGGAGCAGCUAGCUAGAAUUCUCCGUAAACUGGUAGGAUGGCAUCACUUUGGAUGGCGGCGCAUGUAGACCUAGCUAACUAGAUAGCCAGUAGCUAAUGGUAGAUGGUAGUCUUCCUUUUCUUGUGCUGGUUACCUGACGGGGAUGACAUCCCACUGACUAAGCGAAACCGUGGUCAUUGGCUUGGAUGGGUCAUCCGUGAGUGAAGCGCGCUGACGUCGAUGGAUUUGGCCAAUGACCCAAAAACAAUUGAUGGACGGUGAUCAUAAAAACUAAUGCUUGAGAAACCAACCUUGUGCCUACUGUUUUCCCCUUUACUGCGACAACUACCAAGAAACUAUCAAGAUGAGUGAUGAAUGGGACGUGAAGAUUUGCUGCAUUGGAGCUGGAUAUGUUGGAGGUCCUACCAUGGCUGUGAUUGCCAAGAAGUGCCCCAAGGUCCGAGUUUGCGUUGUGGAUAUCUCCCAGAAGCAAAUUGAUGCUUGGAAUAGUGAUAAGCUCCCAAUCUACGAACCUGGCCUUCCCGAAAUUGUAUCGGAUUGCGUCAACAAGAAUCUUUUCUUCAGCACGGAUGUUGAUGGAGAAAUUGACAAGGCCGAUAUUAUCUUCAUUAGUGUCAACACCCCCACUAAAACCAAGGGUAUUGGAGCUGGUCGCGCGGCAAACAUUAAAAAUUGUGAGCUUUGCGCUCGUCAAAUUGCCAAGGUUGCCAAUUCCUCAAAGAUUGUUGUGGAGAAGAGCACCGUCCCUGUGCGCACUGCCCAGGCCAUCACCCGUGUUUUGAAGAGCAAUGACAAGGGCCUUGAUUUCCAGGUUUUGUCCAACCCCGAGUUUUUGGCAGAGGGUACGGCUAUUAGUGAUCUUAUGGCUCCUGAUCGUGUCUUGAUUGGAGGACAUCAAUCUCCCGAGGGUUUGGCCGCUGCCGAAAAAUUGGUCAGCGUCUAUGCCAACUGGGUCCCCCGUGAGAGAAUUCUCACCACCAACCUUUGGUCGUCCGAACUUUCCAAGUUGGUCGCCAAUGCGUUUUUGGCCCAGCGUGUCAGCUCCAUCAACUCAAUCAGUGCCCUCUGUGAGGCCACUGGAGCCGAUGUUUCGGAAAUUAGCCGUGCCGUGGGUAUGGAUGACCGUAUCGGAAAACGAUUCUUGCAAUCUUCGGUUGGGUUUGGAGGAUCUUGUUUCCAAAAGGAUAUCUUGAAUCUCGUUUACUUGUGCGAAACCUUUGGAUUGGAAGAGUGUGCAGCCUACUGGAACCAGGUCGUGAUCAUGAAUGACUACCAGAAGAAACGCUUCUCGCAAAAGAUGGUUGCCCAGAUGUUCAAUACAGUUACCGGCAAGAAGAUUGCCCUGUUGGGAUACGCCUUCAAGAAGGACACUGGUGAUGUGCGUGAAACUCCCUCAAUGUUUGUCUUGAGGGAUUUGCUCGAGGAAGGUGCCCGCAUGCACGUUUAUGACCCCCAGGUUUCCCGUGAAGAUAUGUGGAUUGAGAUGAACUACACCUGCGGCGUCAACCAUGACAACACCCCAGGACUCGACGAGUCUGUCAUCACGGAGACCGAUGUCUACGCCGCCUGCGAUGGCGCCCAUGCACUCGCAGUCUUGACCGAAUGGGACGAGUUCAAGACCCUGGACUACGAAAGGAUUUUCAAGAGCAUGGCCAAGCCUGCCUUUGUCUUUGACGGUCGAAACAUCUUGGAUUACGCAAAGCUUCGCGACAUUGGAUUUGAGGUCCAUGCCAUUGGAAAGCCCGACCCAAACAAGUUCUCUGAUCUUUAAAAACAGCGUGUAUGUAUGAGCAAAAUAAAAUAAGAUGGAGGACCGACGGUACAGGGGGGAACGUAUAAAACGAGAUAGUUUCCUCAAGGAGAUCAAUAAAUGUGUUAAAAUGAAUGGGUACCAUUAGUGUUCUGAAUUUUGUCUGCUGCAU